GCAAUACUUGCCUCAGGAAUAGCAAUUCCGAGCCCUUCUCCUCGCACGACACGGAAGGCCCCACAUCUAAUGUCAACAAGGGAACUUCUCAGUCUUCCAACGACGACUACGCACUUUCGAAGGUUUGCUGCGAAGAGUGGACCAAUUUGGUGGCUGCAGGAUCGUAUUGAGGAGAUUUUGAUGUGGAAGAAGGGUUGGAAAGUUACUACGGCUUGGAUGAUGACAUAUGCUUUCAUAUGCUACUUUCCCAGACUAGUGCUGCUCAUUCCACACGCCAUCCUCUUGACAAUUCUGUUAUCAGCUUACUCAUAUCGCAAACCGUCCACUUCUCGGCAAAUGGAUGCACCUAGCAAUCCGCCUUAUACACAACCUGCAGAAGGUUCGCCUGAAUGGUUCUCAAAUCUGCAGGCCAUUCAAAAUUUGAUGGGCGUUGUGGCUGACACGCAUGACAUGAUUUUAUUCGUGUUCGUUCCACACCUGACAUUUUCGACACCCUACUCGUACAGCAUUCUUGCGUUCACCGCCCUAACGGCCUUGUCUCUCCUACUCGUCCUUCCCCUAAUUCCUCUUCGCCCCUUAUUCCUCGUACUCGGGCUCUUACCAUUUGUGAUUGCGCAUCCGUUCACACUUACUUAUCUACCGGUAUUACUUGCGCCUCACAUGAAGCGGAUACGGAUGAGGCUUGCAAGAUUUGUCGAUGAUGACCGCUUAGAAGAUCAUCAUUUGAAGAGCGUGUUACGCGAAGUGGAACUUUGGGAGAACGAACGCCUUGGUCCAGGUCCGGGAGGUUCUCCCGUAUUUGGCAAAAACCAUCUGAAACCACACGAACGAAAGGGCUGGACACGAGGACGUGAUGGAUGGGAUAGUUCGGGUCCAGAUGGGAGUGGAGAUGUCAGGUUUGUCAUGUCCUAUGAUUUCAGGCAUUGUUUGUUUGGAUCGUUCAUGUCCUUUCCUCCCCUCGUUCCAUAUUGGGGCUCAUCUACGCUUUUCAAAUUGCUAACCGUAUAUAGCAGCAAUCUCACGUUUACACUUGAGGUCGGCUGGGCUUUUGUAGAAACGGAGGACUGGCGGAAAGACUUGGAGGCAUCUUGGACAGCCGUGGAAUCGGAUGAUGAUGGAUGGGUCUAUACGAAUGAUGCGUGGAUGGACCCUCAAAGCGCUCCGCUUGACUCGUGGAAGUCAACUGGUGUAACGCGUAGACGAAGGUGGAUACGACGAAUUUACCAGACCAAGUAGGACUUUGUGAAAGGAGGCACGGUGUAUUGUAUCUCUAUAGUACUAAUAUCGCUUUGUAAUUUUUUGUUAUUUCUCCGCGCUUUCGUGGACUUGGUUUUCCACCUCACCAAACGCCAUUUAAUGAGGGUCACGC